AUGUUCACUCUGCCUCAGGAGGAAUCCAGGGCACUUGCCCCCUGUCCGGGCCCAGCCUCCACGCAGGACCUGGACAGUAACUAUGGGGAUGGUCUGGAAAGAGAACGCUCCAGAAAACCGGACCGGAAGCUGCCCGAGUUGUGUGACUCCACCACCAUGUUGUCCUCAGACAGCUCCUACCUGUCUUCUAGAGGACGCGUCAUUAAGUGGUUCUGGGACUCGGCAGAGGAGGGCUACAGGACCUACCACAUGGACGAGUAUGAUGAGGAUAAGAACCCCAGUGGCAUCAUUAACUUGGGCACCAGUGAGAACAAACUCUGCUUUGACCUGCUGUCCAGGCGGCUGAGUCAGAGCGACAUGCUGCGGGUGGAGCCGUCCCUGCUGCAGUACCCUGACUGGAGGGGACACCUGUUCCUCCGGGAGGAAGUGGCCAGAUUCCUGUCUUUUUACUGCAAGAGCCCCACACCCCUUAAGCCAGAGAAUGUGGUUGUUCUGAAUGGCUGUGCCUCUCUCUUCUCUGCUCUGGCCACCGUGCUGUGUGAGGUGGGGGAGGCUUUCCUGAUCCCCGCCCCUUACUAUGGAGCCAUCACACAGCACGUCUAUCUCUAUGGCAACGUCCGUCUGGUCUGUGUCUAUCUGGACAGUGAGGUCACUGGGCUGGAUACACGCCCCUUCCAGCUCACCGUGGAGAAGCUGGAGAUGGCCCUGCAGAGAGCUAACUCUGAGGGUGUGAAGGUCAAAGGUCUCAUCCUCAUCAACCCCCACAACCCUCUGGGCGACAUCUACUCCCCAGGAGAGCUGCGGGACUACCUGGAAUUUGCCAAGAGGCACAAGCUUCACGUGAUGGUGGAUGAGGUCUACAUGCUGUCCGUGUUCGAGAAGUCGGUGGCCUACCGCAGCGUCCUGAGCCUGGAAGGCUUGCCUGACCCCCAGAGGACCCAUGUGAUGUGGGCGACCAGCAAGGACUUCGGGAUGUCUGGGCUCCGGUUUGGCACGCUGUACACGGAAAACCGGGACGUGGCCACUGCGGUGGCUUCCCUCUGCCGCUAUCAUGGCCUCAGUGGCUUGGUCCAGUACCAGAUGGCACAGCUGCUCCGGGACCAUGACUGGAUCAACCAGGUGUACUUACCGGAGAACCAUGCCCGGCUCAAGGCUGCCCACAGCUAUGUCGCGGGAGAGCUCCGGGCCCUGGGCAUCCCCUUCCUGAGCCGCGGGGCGGGCUUCUUCAUCUGGGUUGACCUGAGGAAGUUCCUGCCUGAGGCCACCUUUAAGGAGGAAAUGCUGCUUUGGCGCCGCUUUUUGGACAACAAGGUGCUGCUGUCCUGCGGCAAGACCUUCGAGUGCAAAGAGCCCGGCUGGUUCCGCUUGGUCUUCUCAGACAAGGCCCACCGGCUGUGCCUGGGGAUGCGGCGGGUCUGGCAGGUGCUUGAGGGCACAUCCCAGGUGGCAGAAGAGCCCCCUUCCUGUCAGACCGAGGAGCCAAGGAGCCGGCACAGGGAAACGUGAGGAACAACACGUAAAAGAGAGAACAUGCCCAAGAAAUAAACAAGAGUGAUAAUUCCCAAACCACCAGGAGGAAGGAGUUAAUUCUGUGUGUUCGGAUUGUUCUCCCCACGUGCGGGUGUGUCCCCCACGGGACACCGGGGACUGGGACAGGCCUCCGAUUGGGGUGCGGUGGACAAGACCCGGUGGGGGCAGUCAGGGAGAGCUGCCCUGCUUCUGGGCUGCUCUUCCUUCUCCCUUGCCCCGGCAAGGAGCUGCCUCCACUGAGCAUCUCAGACCCGAGUGAUCCAGCCAUGACUACUGGGGGGAAGAUAAGGGCUGGCCUUUCCACCCCAAGUAGGCAAAGGGCCACUCAGGCCAUCCUCAGGGCUGCUUGAGCUCAGGGCCCACAUGGGCUUUCCGAAGCGACCUUAAAGCUGUGUGCGGAGGACCCUUCUCUGGUGUCUACACUCCUAGGUAGAAAAGCAGUCUCUUCCCUUGUUAAUGUUUAAGAGAAUGUCGGUGCAGUCAGUGUGCACUUUCUGUAAACCAUGGUAUUUGACCGAGGAUUUGCUUCCCUCUACGUUUCUGCCUUUCAUCCAUUCGCUCCUUCUCCCUGUCUUUCCUUGAAUACCUUCUGUGUGCGGACACCGUGCUGGUAAUUUCUGUGCAGUCUGUCUAACUUCGACAAUCCAGGAAGCUGACGUGAUUAUCCUCCACUCGAGAGAUGAGGCCAUGGAGUCUCAAAGAGCUGGAAUGACAUUCUCAAAGUCCCGUAGGUAGAAAGUCCCAGAGCCAGGAUUCAGAGUCGGGUCGGUUUGGUUGUGAAUUCUGUGCUGUCUGUACCCUGCCAAAGCUGGCUCCGCAGGAUGCUUUCUCUUUCCAGCCCCGAGGACCAGGCCUCGUGUCGUCAUCGGCAGCACCUUUCAUUGUUGCUCGGUGCCUUUGGCCAAGGGUCGCUCCUUUCUCGUCCCACUGCCAGGAAACACUGCUACUAGGAGUUGCGGAUUCAUUGAAGGAAAGCCUUCAGGUUUUGCGGGUCAGAAUAACGGCCACACUGAGAGCCCUUUGUAUCCCCUUUAAAGACCUCUGUUGUGACGCUGCCACUGUGGUUCAGGGUCCCCCACGGAAGGACCCUGUGAUACAUUCCAUGUAGAAUUCUCAGAAGAAUGACUCCUAGUUCUUCAGAGGGAAUAAAAGCUGGCUUCCCGGCAGAGGCUGACCGACCUGGGGAUCGGGGCCCGAAUCGAGUCCGUCUGUUUCAGUUGGCGGAAGGGCUGCGUGAAGGGCUGCGCUCCAUAUGUCUCUCUGUGGAGUCUGGGUCUGGCAUAUUCCACACCCAUCUCAGGUCCCCCUUUGCGCGCACCUUUCUCCCCUUGCUCGGUACGACCGCCAGCCACGUGUGCGUGAGCGUCGCCCCGGGGGCCCCUCGGCUGCUCCAGAGGGCACUUCCUGCCCCAGGCUUCUCUGACAGCCUCAUGGGGCACACGCAAACUGGGCGCUCUGAGGGACUUCACACUCCCGGGGCGGUCCUUGAGCAGCGGGGGUCAGGAAGCAGCGGAUGGAUGCCGCUGUCAGCAGGCGACCGCUGUGCGGUGAGCCGAGCCCUUCUGACCUUCCGCGUGGCUCCUCAAAGAGUCCUGCUGGGAUUGAGCCCCGGGUGCCCAGGGCGGUAGCCUGCUCUAUAACACACCUCUGGACAGGCUUUCUUUGUCCUCUUAGACUUACUCCGAUCUCACCGUUUCCUAAGACUGUGUCCAGAAUAGCUGCCAGCAUCAAGGCUCUGCCUCUCAGGGAACCAUGCAAAGCGGGGGAUACGUGAUAGGCCAGCUGAAUGUUUUAAGAUUCAUUGACAUUGUUGCAUGUAUAAAUGGUACAUUCUUCCUCUCUUUUUCGUCCCUCUAUGUAGUAAUAUCCCCUUUUUCAUUCUUGAUAUUGGUAGCAUUUGUUCUCUUUGCUUUUAUUGUCAUGAACAGUCAACCUUGUAAUGAUUUUAUCGAAUUUGCUGGUUUUAUUAGUUUUUUACGAUGAACUAUUACCUUUGUUAAUGCUAUCUAGUGUAUGUUUGCUUUCUUUUUUUUUUUUUUAAAGAUUUUAUUUAUUUAUUUGACAGAGCUAGAGA